AUGGCCGGCGCGGGGGAAAACUGGUUCUUCGGAAGGCCGAGGCUUGGGUUCUUCAAGGACUCCGCAGCGCAUGUCUUAAAUCACGCCCCCUUUGUGCGAGGAAACGUCCAAGAUUUUUUUGCCCGCGAAGGGGGGCCGCGCGCACACCGAGUACUUUUUAGCAAUAUAAAACAGUGCCGCCGGUGUAAAAAGGCGUGUGCUUUGACGCUAUCCUCGUGCAACCGAUGUAAUGCAUCCCUGGAUGAUGUUCAGGUGACGGAAACGCCCAAUUUAUUCACCGCCUUUGUUCUUGGUAUAGAGGACAGUGGGCACUUUCCGCUUCGAAUUUCCAUUCGAUAUGAAACAGAGUCGUGUCUUGUCUUUGAUGAUCCGCUUGCGCUUUCACCAGCGCAUUUUUGUGCCAUUCCAACAAUGGAUUUUAUACCAGAUUGGCGUUAUCUCCUUCAGGCUCCAAAAGAGGGGCUUGAAAUAGUACAGGCCCUAGUGAAUGCAUCCCACAAGGCGUUCAGGGAACAAUUUCUUGCCGAUCCUGAAUGGACCUCCUCUAUUUUACGUGAUUCGGAUUUACUUGAAGCAAAGCACACCCUUAUUGGAUUUAAUUUUCCACCUUCGCAGAAUCAAUUACACUUGCAGUAUAUAGCACCACCGUUAAUACCUCACCAAUAUUUCAUGUACUUACUGGGUCAGCACUUUACUUACAAUCGUUUUUUCCCUUUGAGCUAUGUUCAAAAAUGCCUCACUGAACUUACCAAAAAAACUGAUUCACUGAAAAAAUAUCAUUCACUUGUACACAUCCCCAUUGAUGAGAUGUUGGAUAUUUUGGAUAACGAAUGUAAUCUUUCAUACAAGGGUGAGCACGCUAAGUUCUUCUCGCGUGUUGAAGAGAUGCAAAAACGCUUUGGUAAUUGGGGUGAAGACAAAUUUCAAGGGGUGUAUCAAUUACCCGAAAAUGAUGGAGACAAGAAAGGAAAACUCUUGUUCAAAUCGUUCUCUGGCGGGAGUUUUUAUAUCGAUGAGAAUCUCGCAUUCGCUGAAGAAAAAGAAAAGCUGCAGAAUUACGGAAGACCUUACGAUGAGGAGGGUAGACCUAGUGGAGGGUUCUACGCAUUUCCAAAGAGAUUGGAGGAUCUCAAUGUUUGGUCCUGA